AUGUCCGUUUCAGAUCCGGACAUGCGGGACGAUGGGAAAUACGCAUGGAUGACUCCUGCCAACUGGCCUGGUUACCGACUAACCCACACACGCUCACACGUGGUGGCCAGCAGAACACACUUCAAUGGCGCCGGCAGCGAAGUGGGCGGGCUCUCCUCGGAUGACACAACCAAGCGGUCCUGGAUCUCAGGCAAGGUUGGACAACGAUCUUGUGAACCGACGUAUUUUGGCACCCCUUGGAAGAUGGCCGCGAAACUCCUGUUGAUAGUUCCCCUGUGUUUCGUUGCUUCUGUCCCAGGUUUACCGAAGGAGAUGAGCCAAGACUGUGGUGACUGGGUAUUCCACUCCUCGUCUAUCUCUGCCGUUGAGGAUCCUCCAUUUACAUCAGUUUAUUAG